AUGACACCGCUUCGAAUCGCCUUUGUUCACCCGGAUUUGGGAAUAGGCGGUGCAGAGCGCCUAGUCGUCGACGCGGCUGUUGGGCUUCAAUCACGGGGCCAUAGCGUUGUACUUUACACGUCGCAUCAUGACCCAACACAUUGCUUUCAAGAGACCAGAGAUGGGACGUUGAAAGUUUCUGUGGCUGGAGAUUGGCUUCCGCGCCAUCUGUUUGGCAAAGGAUACAUUCUUUUUGCCAUAUUACGGAGCGUUGUGCUCUCAUUCUCGCUAUGUUUGGGUCAUUCUGGACAGUACGAUUUGCUAGUCGUUGAUCAGUUAUCGGCUUCUAUACCGGUUUUGAGAUUCGCGAACGCCAAGAUCCUAUUCUAUUGUCAUUUCCCGGAUAAGCUUCUUACUAAGCGGCAAAGCUUACUGAAGAAAAUAUACCGGCUACCCGUCGACUUUCUAGAAGAGCAGACUACCAGGAUGGCCGAUAAGAUUGUUGUCAAUAGCAGAUUUACGGCAGGGGUCUUCAUGAGGGCUUUUCCCUCCAUUAAACAAGCGCCAGACGUUCUAUACCCAGGGGUACCUUUAAAGUCUUACUGUAAGGAGGUUAAUACAGCUGAUCCAACGGUGAUACCGCUGAUGAGCGAGCAGCAGUUGCUUCUGUCCAUAAACCGCUUCGAGAGAAAAAAGAAUAUCGAGUUGGCAAUUUAUACAUUUGAGCGCUUACGAGAACAAAUACCAGGAAAAUUUCCUACUUUGCGCUUAAUAGUCGCAGGGGGUUAUGAUACGCGUGUGAGAGAGAACGUGGAAUACUUGGAGGAAUUAGAACUGCUCGCUAUUCAGAUGGGAUUUUUGACGCAUGUUUACAAUCAUGGAUCGAAACCGCCGCCGAAGGACGCGCAAGUAGUGUUUAUCCCGUCUUUCAAUGAUGAGCAGAGAACGUUUCUCUUGGCUAGGUCCCUCUGUCUCUUGUAUACGCCCAGCGAGGAGCACUUUGGAAUUGUUCCUGUGGAAGCCAUGUACGCUGGGCUGCCCGUGAUUGCUGUCAAUAACGGAGGACCAACAGAGACAGUAGUCGACAGUGUAACCGGCUUCUUGCGUAACCCGGAUCCUACUGAGUUUGCCGAUGCUAUCGCCAAACUGGCGACUGGGGUUGUGAGGAAGGAAGAUUUGGGAAGCAAGGGAAAGACGCUGGUGGAGGAGAAGUUUUCUUCGGAAGCAUUAAUUGACGAGUUAGAGAGGAUUAUUAGUACAAUGAGGGGAAAGGAAGACGGAAAAGGAACGUCGGCGUUGUAUUCAUUUCUGACAGGUUUUUGCAUACUUUUGGCUUUGCUCUCCCGUCACGGUGGGCAACGACACAGGGCAUUGUGCACUUGGUCGAACGACUUUGCUCGUGCCCGCACACUUGAGCAGUCUAAAAAGUGGAUGGGCUCUUCAAUUGGCAAGAUUCAAUCACCUUCUUUCAGAUCAUCAUCACCUGUCCGGAUUGUCCCGAGAUCAUCCUCACUUACUUCCAAUAGUGUAUCACCUCCAGACGUGGUCUUCCACGAAGCGCAGAGCCCUUCGCCGUUGGGAGAGACAGUUGUGACCGACGGGUCAUGGGUAGAUACUGAUAGACAUCAGAACAGGACAGGUGAAUUUCUAUCGGUGCCGGGACCUUCUGUAACUGAGGAGGGCAGUCCAUCGAAACGAUCACUGGCUAGUCGUCGAUCCUCUUCUGCUUCUGCAGAAUCCGUUAAGCUUCGCGAAAACACACCAUCUCUUCAACCACCAAAACUCGACACAACAGGCUUUUCCAUUCCCGUUUUUAUACCUGCGUCACCAAUGUCCGCAGGAACGCAAUUUAGCGAUAAUAUUGUCUCUGUGGGGAAUAUGCUGGAGCCACAGAAUGUUCCCCCUUGGCUACAGCGGCUACUCGACUCCGGUCCAGCGAUACCUUCAAUCUUACGGGAAGAGUAUCAAGAAAUUGACUCCCACGAAGUUACUCGUAUCCGCGAGGGCGGUCGCAUUUCGGACCACCCGUAUAGCCUUGUCGUUGCUCAACAGCGGCAACAUAUGCGACGAAAUAGAUACUACGAUAUCAUUCCAUAUGAUCGUACCCGCGUGGUAUUAGGCGAGGCAUCGGCGCCGGAAUUGAGCGAUUACAUCAAUGCAAGCCACGUGCAAGGAUUACCGGGAACAAGAAGCUACAUUGUUUCACAGGGGCCGAUGUCCAAUACUUUUGGCGACUUCUGGCAGAUGGUAUGGGAGCAGCGUUCAGGGCUGAUUAUCAUGCUCACAAAAGAGGAAGAAAGAGGGCGAAUCAAGUGCCAUCGAUAUUGGCCCAGUCAAGAGGGUGAAGAGCUGGAGUUUGAGAAUAUUAGCGGAAUUUCUGUCAAAUUAGUGCAAGAGCAAAAUCUAUCGGGUGGAGAUGUCAUGCUGCGGCAGAUGGAAAUCGCAACCGGAAAUGAUCGCGAGAAGAGACGGCGAGUCUGGCAGUUACACUUCGUGGCAUGGCCGGAUCAUAAAGCUAGCAGUCCACAAAGCGUCCUGGCCAUAUUGGACUUGGCUCGGGAGUUGCAGACAAGAGUUGAAGCAGAAUCGGAAGCUGGACCAAUGGUGGUGCAUUGUAGUGCGGGGUGCGGGAGAACAGGGACGUUCUGCGCCAUUGAUGGCGUAAUUACGUUACUCGAGAACGGCGACGAUGCUCGAGGAGAGCUGGACGUGGUUCAUGCCACUGUCGAGAAAUUCAGGGAGCACCGGGUUAGCAUGGUACAAACUUUGGAGCAGUACGCAUUCUGCUACGAAGCAGUGCUGUACAGACUUUUGGAAUGGCAGCAUGGGGUAGGAAAACCACCGAGUUGGAUUACACAGUUUCAAACUGCUGCAGCAUUACAAACCGUUGCAGAGAAAGACCCGAUCAGUGGCCCCCCAUGA